CAGCAGUUGAUUUACAGCCGUCGCGAGCGCGCGACGUGCCGUCAUGUGCCGGUUGCCAACUUUCGCGAUCUGUGAUGUGAUACGAUGCCGGAAUACAGAACCAACAUUUUACUAAGGAUUUAAUAACUGUGGAUUUUAGUGAUGGUUUGAAAGUGACGUUAAAUGGACAAUUAUGUUAAAGUGAAAGUUACCAUCGAACUUAUAUUGGAUUGAAUCAAAAUGAGGUGGUUUAUAGUGACGAUUAGUGUAAUGCUGUGGGAAACAACUUUAGCUGGCAUAGCGCCUCCCGGAUCUUGUCCAGCUGUGUGUGCAUGCAAGUGGAAAGGCGGCAAGCAGACCGUGGAGUGCGUUGAUCGGGCGCUCAUCACCGUGCCCGAGCCUGUGGACCCAGCCACGCAGGUCUUAGACUUAUCAAUAAACAAUUUGCAGAUACUUCCUCAAGAAGCUUUUGCUAAAACUGGACUCGUUAACUUACAAAGAGUUUAUCUACGGAAUUGCAAUAUUGGCCAAAUACAUGAUAGAGCUUUUAAAGGCCUCACUAAUUUAGUUGAGUUAGAUCUUUCACACAAUUUACUGACUCAAAUACCGUCAAACAGUUUCAAAGACGCUCCUUUCCUAAGGGAUUUGACGAUGGCUCAAAAUCCAAUACUAAAAGUUCACUCAAAUGCUUUGAGUAAUCUUGGAAGUGUCGUUAAACUAGAUUUGUCGAGAUGCGACAUUAGAGACAUUGCUUCAGAUGCAUUCAGAAAUUUGCGGUCACUAGAGUCACUGAAACUAAAUCACAACAAACUUCGUGAUUUGCCGUUGAGUUCUCUUGAGAAAAUAGAGAAGCUUAGAGCGAUCGAGUUAUCAGAUAAUCUAUGGACUUGUGAUUGUCGUCUUCGAGAACUUAAGUUGUGGUUAGCAAAACAUAAGUUACUAACUACUCCAAGCUGCUCGGCGCCUACGCGGCUGGCCAAUCGACCUUUUUCAGAGUUACCAAUUGAAGAGUUUGCGUGUAAACCGGAAAUUUUGCCGGUAAGCCGACACAUUGAGGCCGGUGUAGGGGAAAACGCUACUGUUACUUGCAAAACGGAAGCUGUGCCUAGUGCAAAUAUCAACUGGUACUGGAAUGGGAGGUUACUGCAAAAUGGAAGCACAUUUAAUAGCCAUCAAAGAAUACAUAUAUUUGAAGAAGGAGAUGUCAAGAAGAAGUCUAUUUUAAUACUCACCAAUACACAAGAAUCUGACUCGAGUGAAUUUUAUUGUGUCGCAGAAAACAAAGGUGGAAAUGCCGAAGCCAAUUUCACAGUACACGUGACCCAGAUGCCUGCUGGAAUGGCAUCACUGGGAAGCGCACAAAUUGCAAGCUUGGGAGCUGCAUUGUUUUUGAUCAUUGUUGUCGUCUCUUUAGCACUGCUUAUUACAUUCGUGCGAUUUCGACCAGUCCCCGCUUGCGAAAGCAAAACGCCGAAUACAUUAGACCGUGUCGUGUCUGGAAACGAAGUGCACCCAACGACGACAGAUAGACCACAUGUCGCAGUAUUGGCUAACAGACAGGAGUCCAACAACUACAGUGAUCCUAAAUGUAAUCCAGUUAUAAAGCCACCCAGAGCUAAUGACAUUCCGUACACUACCAAUCACUACGAAGGCAGAGGAAGUGUCGUAACUGCCGGUGGGCCGGUGGUGGUAUCUCCUACAGUAUCGGCGAGUAUUGACCCCGAUCUUAUCAAUGACACGCGGCCUGACAGCGCUGCGAGGCCAGGGAGCGGAGAGUACGCACGCGAGGCCUCAGACUCAUUAUACCCUUCUGGUCUGUGGGACCAAAUGAAAAUGAAUCAGGCGGGCAAUCUCUCUCGCGCGAUAAGCUCAGCAAUACCGGCGUACUACAAUGAUCGAACGCCCAUCAUAGAGAACUGCAGCGUGGACGGUUCUCAGGAGGAGUUGGGGUACAUGAGCAGGACGUUUCCGCGGUCGCACGCGGUGGCGGCGGUCCCGGCGUCGCCGGCGCCGGCGGGUGAGGGCCCGUACCCGCCGGACUACGGGCUGCCGGUGGGCGGCGCGCGCACGCUGCGCGUGUGGCAGCGCGCGCCGCCCGUGCUGCCGCCCGUGGCCGCGCUCAAGCGCGUGCUCACCAUCACCAGGCCCUCCGCGGAUGAGGGCUUCCAGGACGGCUGUGCUACAGAUGUCUAAAGUGUAACGGACUCAUUGUUACAUAUCUGAACGACAUGUCACAAUUGUACAUUUGUAUCUUAUAAGCUAGAAAUCGUCUAUACGUAUGGUAUGUGUAAUCUAUACCUACACAGGUUGUUAGUGUAAUAUUUUUUGUAUUAUAUAAUUUAUUUAGAUAAAAAAUAACGGGAAUUGGAUCCCAAUGUGAUGGGUCCGCGACUGAUUAGUUGAAGGAUGUAAGUGUAAAUUAUACGUGAUAUGGAAGGUAUUGUUUAUGAUCGCCAAAUUAUUUAAAAUAUUGAGUAUAAAAUAUAUCGUGAUUGUUAAAUUUCUGGUAAGAUGUUGCAUGAAAUAAAUAUAAAUAAUAUCUACAGUGUAAGAAAGACAUGUUCUAACUAUCCAAAGAUGUUAAAAGCCUCUGAUAGUAACGUUAUGAUUACUAUACUGUAAUGCACGAUCAAUGUUACUUGAUGUACGAUACUAAUGAAUGUGUUAAUUUUAUGUUCGAAAAAAGAGUUUAGAAGUUAAAUGAAAGAAAAAUUAAAAAGGCGAUUUUGAACUGUA